AUUUUUAAUUGCUAUGUGAUUUUUUAAUAUAACAAAACUCUAUUUAUUGAUGCAUUGCUAUAAUAAUAUUUUGCGAAAACAGUGAUAUAGUGGCUUUGAAAAGUUUGCAAACAUUAAAAGGUCAAUUAUGCAGCACAACAAUCUUUAUUUGUACUCUGGAUUAUUAUUUUGCUUAUACCUCGACCAACGUUGAUAAAAAUUUUGAUGAGAAGUUUCGACAGUUUGUUCACUAUAGUGCCACAAGGAGGAUCCUUUGUGACUGAUGAAAUCCUUGAUGUGGUAGAAGACGGCGUGAAUUUUGGGUGUUACGCUUGCACUAGUUAUUAUUAGUGAAAGGAUACGCAAAAAAAAGUAAACCCGCAUGGAGGACCCAAAUAGCCUGCUUCUUUCUAAUGAAAACCAUACGUUCAAUUAUGAUCUAAACGGUAUAUAUGAUCAUUUACAUAAAAAAGAGUUCAAUUUACCUAGAGAUGGUCGUUUACAUAAUGUACAGUACACUUAUCUAACAGAUGGUCGUUUACAUAAUGAACAGUACACUUAUCCAACAGAUGGUCGUUUACAUAAUGUACAGUACACUUAUCCAACAGAUGUUUAUUUUUAUAAUCCAAAUUGCGUAAGUCCAACAUGUAAAAAACACAAGUCAACAGGUUCAUUAGGUUCUACCGACAGUAUUGAAAGUGCAGAGUCCGCAAAUGAAGUUGUUGAUUUUUUUUCGCAGAAUAUCGCAGAGCGCAUAGAUAAACCAAGUAAGGAGUUAACGGAUUCAUAUGCUUCAGAUUGCAGUACAGAAAGUGUAGUUUCAGCAAUAGAACACUCUGAUUGCAGUUAUGCGUUUUGUAUAUUAAAUAAAGAAUUUCCUGACGUGUUUUACAAAAAACAGGUUCGUUUAAAAAAUCAAUCAAAGCAACGAAUAGACAAUGGAAAUGUAAGUUUUUUUCUCAACUUUGGAUCUGCUAAGGCACGGAAAUCUAUAGAAAGUAUUACUAUUAAAGUAAAACGUAAGCACUGCGAACAGCCUAAAGAUGUAAUUAUCAAACAUAGUCGGCAAUAUCCGGAUAAACCAAACCAGGUUCUCAUAACCUUAGAUUUGGAUUCUGUAUACGAGGUAGAUAACUUUCAAGUUUACAAAUUGGAUAAAAGUUUGCACGAUGAUAAAAAAUUAUUUUAUCUCGAAGUUGAAGUAAAGUUUUCAAAUAAAAUAACUAAAAAAGAACGUACUCAUGAUUUUCGUGUGGCUGGAAGAAAAUCUCAAAAAGUUUGUCCUAGCAUUAAUAAUGUUAACAUACUCAAAUGCAAAAAGUUAGUUGCAGAGUUUGUUCAAACUAAAACUUUGGAACUUGGAGAAAAAUUACGCAUAGACAACACUAUUCAGACAACUAAUGGUGAUAUUGCAUAUCAUUGGCCACUAGAGAAUGAAGAUGAACAAUUUAAAAAAGGAGAAGUUGUUGGAUUUAUUGCUGAUAUAAAUGGAAAGUAUUCUUUAAGGAAGCUGAAUUUACAAAACUGUACAGAGGCAAUUCUUAAAGGUGUUAUCAGUCGAUCAUAUUACUUGCAAGCUCAAGUUCCAACAGAUGGAAGGCGCAGUGAAACUAUAUGUAUGAUGGGUAUUGUUCCAGUCCAAGUAAAAGGCUCUGUUUCAGUUAAUGAUGCGCUAUAUGCAUCUCCAGACUUUCCUGGAUUUGCUGUAAGUCGUUACUAUCUCAAUAUCUGUUCGCUUCAAAGUAGUGCUCAUAUUGGAUAUGCAUUUUCUACGCAUAUUGCUGAAGAUGACAAAGCAGUAGGUAUGGUUGAAGCUGGGGUGUCAGUCUUAGAGUCAGCAAGGCAGUGUUUACUGGAUGUACAACUUCGUACUAUAAAAUCUCAAAUUGAUGACAUUUCUAUAAAACAAAAGCGAACAAAAAGAUAUACCUGCUUUUAUUUUAUUGUUUGCAUUACAUUGGCUGUUUUAAGUAGUGUUUUUCUCUACCAAAUCUUUGCACCUGGAACAAGUUUUCGAUACUUUCUUUGUAAACAAGGAAGAUUAAGUGGAUCUGCAUUUUUUCAGUAUACUCCGCUUGAUGAUGCAAAUGCUUAUCCUCAUGUUAAUGGUAUUGAAUUUGAAUUCUCAGUACUAAUGCAGAAGACAGCUCACCCAGGCUAUAAACAGUUAAACAUCACAGGAGUCAGAUACUACUUAAAUAUUGACCGUUGCGCUCACAUUUCUAUUAUACAAUCAAGAAAUGUUCAUUUCACAAAUCCUUUGACUUAUGGACCAGAGGUGUUUGCUGUAGACAAAAAAUGUUAUCAUGCGUUUUAUUACCAUGAAUCAAUUGAUUAUUGGCAGCAAUUUCAGUCUGUCUCCUGGGAAACCAAACAAAAUAUAUAUUGUCAACCUCCAUCUAUCUGGAAAAACUUUACACUGUCUGAAAGUUAAUCGCCGUUUAAUCUACUGAUGA